AUGGACCUAUCACUUUGCCCUGUGUAUAUAUUCCGUCCUCUCAAGUUCAACACAAGCUCUGUGAUCAAGAUCGCAGUGGAACCAGUGAAUCCGUCUGAACUGCCUAAAAUGUUGGACGGGCUGAGAAAGGUCAACAAGAGUUAUCCCCUCCUGACCACAAAAGUUGAGGAGUCGGGCGAGCACAUCAUCCUUGGGACUGGAGAGCUGUACCUGGACUGUGUGAUGCACGACCUCCGCAAGAUGUACUCCGAGAUAGACAUCAAGGUGGCAGACCCAGUUGUGUCCUUCUGUGAGACGGUGGUGGAAACAUCUUCACUCAAGUGCUUCGCAGAAACACCCAACAAAAAGAAUAAGUUGACGAUGAUUGCGGAGCCCCUGGAGAAGGGGUUGGCGGAGGACAUCGAGAACGAGGUUGUGCAGAUCACGUGGCCCAGGAAGAAACUGGGAGAGUUCUUCCAGACCAAAUAUGACUGGGAUUUGCUGGCUGCUCGAUCUAUCUGGGCCUUCGGACCUGACGCCAUGGGGCCCAACAUCUUGGUGGACGAUACUCUGCCAUCUGAGGUUGACAAGUCAGUUCUGGGCUUGGUGAAGGACAGCAUCGCGGGAUUCCAGUGGGCAACCAGAGAAGGGCUCACUAUGUGA